CUUUGCUUAAGAAGAACCUAUUCCAGAAAAAUGACAGUCAUUAAUAAUAAAAUGUUCCCGAUAAUUCUUUCGAUAAUCCUCCUAGUGGUAACACAGUCUUACGCCCAAGUAACGUUUUCCAGAAACUGGGAAGCCUCCGGAGGAAAACGUAACGGGCAUUCUGUUUUGCCAGUUCCGGAAUUUUAUUUUAAAAUGGCAGCUAACAACGUCUGCCAGUAUUUAUUGUCUGAACUAAAGCAAAUGGCUUCCUGUGAAAGACGAACGGUGGAUGACACUCCUGCUCUAUUUCCAGACAAUUAGGACGACAUUCGAUAUCAUGCAAUUUUGGGAAACAUUUGGAAAAAUAUAAUUGAUAGAAAAUAAAUAUUUUUGUUUUGUUUAUUUGAAUUUUGAGCGGUAAAUAAAACCAUACAUUUUACAGAAAUACAAUUUUAUUUACAUUAUAUUUAAAAAUCUACAACGUAGGUGUCCUGCAUAAUUUUGGUCUGGAUUCGAAAGCACAUUCGCAUUUUUUCUCUCCGCAAACUUUACAUCCACUUUUUUUUCUACCACCUAGAAUUUAAAAGUGAUCUAAUCAAUUUUUCAGUAAACUAUAAAACACACAAUUUAAGAAGUUCUAUUCUAUA